UCACACCAGGUUUGUGGUUCCGUCCCGUCCAGUGUCCACCUGCCUCCGGCUGGAUGCUGUCGUCCUGCUCACAGACAGAGGAGUGGCUCUGAGUGCUGCAGAGUGAUGAAGGAGUCGGUGCUUCUCCUCAUCCUGUUGGUGGAGGUGUCUUCCAGAUCCCACAGCAGCCGGUGUGAGUCCGGCUGCGAGUGCCGAGGUGGUCUGAAGAUCACCAUCUGCUCAAAGGCUCUCCUCGCCCAGCUGCCAGUCCGAAUCCCCACCACCACCGAGCUCCUAGACCUGUCCGACAACCGCAUCAGUGCCAUCCCACAGCGCUCAUUCAGGAAGAACUUCAAGCUGAGGGUUCUACUGCUGCAAAACAACAACAUCACCUUGUUGGAGUCUGGUUGCUUCUCACAGCUGGAGGUCCUACAGAGGCUGGACCUGAGCUCGAACCAGAUCUCUACCCUGAGUGAGGGCUUUUCUAUCGGCCUGGCAGUCCUGAGGGAGCUGCAGCUGGCCCACAAUCACCUGAUGAUGCUGGACAGUCAAAGCUUCCAGCACCUGGAUGGUCUCCAGAGGCUCAACCUGAGCAGUAACUCCAUCCACACCAUCCAGAUCAGGACAUUUGCUUCAAUGAGCACUCUGCGGCAGCUCCAUCUGAAGGACAAUCAGCUGACAUCACUGAAAAGCGGGAUCUUCUCCAUGCUACGAUCCCUGGAAGUCCUCAACCUGGGGAACAACCAGAUCAGGGAGACUGAGCCGGGUGUCUUCAAGCCCCUUGCCAGCUUGACGUUGCUCAAUCUGGCCAACAACAGGUUCUCCUCCCUCUACUUCAAGACAUUCCUCAGCAUCCACAGUUACAGCGCCCACAUCCUGCUGGAGGGGAACCCCUGGAACUGCGACUGCGACCUGCAGAGAGUUUUCUGGAAGCUGCGGACCAUCCAGAGGCUCUUUCUCGACGACUACUACAACUUGACCUGCAAGGCACCAGCCGACCUGAAGGACUACCCACUGAUAGAAGUGGACGCAGAGCUGUGCGUCGCAGAGACCGUCACCGUGCUCAUCAUCACCAUCACCGUGGUGAUAACCGUGGUGGCCGCCAUGCUGAUGGGAGAGAGGAAGAGGAAGAAGAGGAAGAAACAUAACACUGGACGCAGUACGGGGAACUGUCUGACGACUCGGACUACUGAGCAUGCCAACCGCCACCACUGUCUGUUCACAUUCAUCUUCAUGCACACUUGAACCCACAAUGGUCCAAAAGACAAAACAACAAACAAAAAACCCAAACACCCCCCCAACACACACACACCCACACACACACAUACAACCACACACACACACACACUGGACUUUCUCAUAAUUCUGAGAGGCAACUGUCACACCACCUGUUGAGGAUUAAAUCCCACAAGAAAAUCUGGAUCCCGCAUGUACUUAAAGAGCUUUUGGAUUUUCUGGAUGAUGUCAGAUUUAUAUUUUUUGUUUUGAGAGAAAGAGAGAGAGAUUUCCCAUCUGCUUCUCAAAGACUCUAAAAUCAGUUUGAAUUAUGCUGAUGUACGACAACAUAAAAAUUAUUUCUAUUUUUUAAAUGUAAUGGAACAAACACAUUUUUUUUUUUCCCUGUGCUUUGGUCUGCAUUUGCUCCAGAUCACAACUGACCGCAAAACACAAUCCAGAGGGAUUUAGAAAAAUUUAAAAUAUUUCACACUGAUGAUCCAAUUUGAGAAUUUGUCACAUUUGUAAUAAAAUUAAACCAGUGUUUUAAUUUCCCUGCAUGAAGUCAAGUGUGUAAAAUAAUUAAUCAGUUUGUGUCCUGUUAAGACAACCUGUUUUUGAUAUUAUUUUUCAAAGUAAAAAAAAAAAAAUAUAUAUAUAAAGAGGUUAAUAAUGAGUUCUCAUUUAUUUACCUCUUUA